AUGUCGUCAACCCCAUCACCACCGUCGAGCGUCCGCUCCGACACACGAGGCACAAGGCCUCCUGGCCCUCCAUUCCGGACCCGAAAACCUGAACGUCCAACAGAACCGGAAGCAGUCAAGUCCACAAAACUAAAACCUGGGUCGCCAACGCCGCCAUGCUGUGUCCUCACAACCAGAGGCGGCGAUAUCCGUGAGCGCAGGUUUCUCUCAACGGCUGACGAACUCCAGGCUGAGAUUGCUGGCCUGGCCAACCAUGGCGUGCCAGCGACUACCACGACCGCAGGUGCGUUCGUCACUGCUAGUAGCCAGCAGGCUAGAAGAGUAGAGAGUACAGCGCGGCCACUUAUCACCCUCCACGGUCUGCCAGCCCCGUUUCUAUCUGUUCUCCUGGAUAGCCCUUUGGAUAUCGACCCGGCCUUUGUCGAAGCUCACGCGGUGGGAAGAAGCUACCGGCCCUUGGGAGCUCGUCGGAGACGAGGGGAUGGCGCAGCCAGGUAUGCGCACUGGGACUAUCCGGAGUUGGUGACUGGGCACUGGAAGGCUUUGGCCUGUAGGAAAGGCUUUCAAGGCUCCAACGACAGUCUUGCAUCUACGAAACAUCCGGAGGAUAGUGUUGACCUUGCGCGCGAGUCAGUGGUGCGGCCUGUCUCUGACACAGACAAGAAGUUGGCUGCUGUGUUUUGCCGGGCAAGUCUCUGGAUGAGCAAGGACGUGGAUGUCUUGUUCCUAGACAAACCAUGCUGGGGAGAAAAAGGUCCGCUGAGAAAGGCCCGCAGGGCGGGCAAAGUCAAGGGGAUUUAUGCGCCGUCAAACCAGGAACGUCUUACAGACCGUGAGACGAAAAGUGGCAGUCUGGCAAUGUCCUUGGCAAUGGGGCAGGAGAUUCCCAGCUUGGAGAGCACUGUGCAAGACAGCCUUGCAAAUGUGAACAAGGACGGCGGAGUGUUUCAAUUCUUGGAAGAGACAGCGCAUGAGCAUUGGCUCGAGCUGUUUGAGGUCCUCACGCCGAGGCAAAAGGUCGUCAUACUCGAGGAGACAUCACUGGAGUGGCGGAUCAUGCAAGCACUGGAGCGGAAUUUCGACAUGGCGAAAAGUGUCACGCGCCGCCAGAACGGCCGUGAAGUUGCAGAAAGUAUUGGUAUCCGACCGGACGACUGGGAAGGUCUCAUACAAAGAUUACGAACGCGCAUAGAGAUGCUCGCAACCAUACCCCCCAGCGCCACACGCGGAAAGUCAGGGACAACAGUCAAGGAGGCCGCGAUCCAUGAGGAGAAUAUCGCUUACGUCCCAAGACACAGGACGACAACAGCAGACACACCGUCAUCCUCGGGCUCCGACGAGAAUCAGCGCUCCCUCGACCGCGUGACAUACCUAGGCGGGAUCCUCCUCCCGUUCUCCGUCGUCUCGGGCGUGCUGUCCAUGAACGAGGACUUCGAGCCGGGCCAGCCUCUGUUCUGGGUUUUUUGGGUGGCCACAAUCCCACUGGCACUGUUCACAGUACUGGUCAUCUACGCGGACAAGCUGAGGCAGGUGGAGGUCUGGGCUGAGGUGUCGGAUACGAGCGGGAGUGUCUCGGGGGACACAGAGUCCACAGGAGAGAAAAUGGAAGAGAUUGAAAAGGGGAAGAAGAGGCCGACAUCUGUCUCGAGUACUCUCAAGUACAAUAGGCAUCAGCAACCGGAGACGGUCACCUAUAGUGCCGGGGGCGACGUCGUCAUUGACCUCGGCAGUCCGACUGCUGAGAUCCAGCAGAUAUCAGUCGAGCCCCCGGAGCCAUACGGGGAGGACCAGCGAACAGACGAUGACCAGGAUGAAGAAGGAUCCUCCAGCGAUGAGGACACGGCCGAGGAAGUGCUUCAACCAAGCACAGAUGCAGUACAUGGACACCGCCGUGCAUGGAAAAAGCAGCAGCUUGGCUGGGGAGGAGCGGCUAUGUGCAUGUUGAGAGGCAUGAAGCCGCUUCGCGUCUCGGAUGGUAUUCCGGGUGCUCCGCGAGAAGAGUAG